UUUUGUUCAAAAGUAAUUUUUGUACAGAUUCCGGGAACGUUUUUAUCAAAACAGAGGAUGAAACAGUCAUCGAGAAGGAAGAAGAUAGCUUCAGUAAAAAGAAGUCAUCAGCGUUAUGUCAAAAGGAGUCUGGCACUGCAAACGAUCAAAUCGGGAAACUUGAGAUGGUACAUACAACAGAGAGGCCCAGUUUGAAGAUCCACGAAAAACCACAAUCUGUCGAAAAAUCAUUUGAGUGUACAAUUUGCCCCAAGUCAUUUAUUCACAGUAGUUCUUUGAAAAUUCAUGAAAGAACACAUACUGGAAUAAAACCAUUUCAGUGCAGAAUCUGCUUGAAAUCGUUUAUUAGUAACAGUAAUUUGAAGGGACAUGAAAGAACUCAUACUGGGAUAAAGUCAUUUCAAUGUAAAAUAUGUCUGAAGUCAUUCAGUCGAAGAAGUCAUUUAAAAGAGCACGAAAUAAUUCAUACUGGUGAAAAACCAUUUCAGUGCAAAAUCUGCUCAAAGUCAUUCACUAAAUGUAGUUAUUGGAGAAUCCAUGAAAAAACUCAUAAUGAGGAAAAACCAUUUCAAUGUAAAAUCUGCCUAAAGUCAUUUAUUCAAAAUAGUAGUUUGAAAAGACAUGAAAGAAUCCAUACUGGAAAAAAAUCAUUUCAGUGUAAAUUCUGCUCGAGGUCAUUUUUUCAGAGUGGUAACUUGAAAUCACAUGAAAGAACGCAUACUGGUGAUGAAUCACUUCAGUGUACAAUUUGUCUGAAGUCAUUUGUUAACACUAAUUAUUUGAAAAUUCAUGAAAGAACACAUACUGGUGAAAAACCAUUUCAAUGCAAAAUCUGCUUGAAACCGUUUAAUAAUAAAAGUAAUUUGAAGGCACAUGAAAGAACUCAUACUGGGAUAAAAUUUCAAUGUAAAAUGUGCCCAAAGUCAUUUGUUUUGUGUAGUUCCUUAAAGUCCCAUGAAAAGAUACAUUCUGUCGAAAAAUUAUUUCAAUGUUCAAUUUGCCCCAAGUCAUUUAGUCGCAGUAGUUCUUUGAAAAUUCAUGAAAUAAUACAUACUGGAAUAAAACCAUUUCAGUGCAAAAUCUGCUUGAAAUCAUUCACUCAUAGUAGUAGUUUGAAAACACAUGAAAGAACUCAUAGUGGAAAAAAAUCAUUUCAAUGUAAAAUCUGCCAAAAGUCAUUUACUCACAAUAAUAAUUUGAAAAUUCAUGAAAGGCUACAUACUGGAAUGAAACCAUUUCAGUGCAUAAUUUGCUUGAAGUCAUUCACUGAAAGUAGUAGUUUGAAAACACAUAAAAGGACACAUACUGGUGAAAAGCCAUUUCAGUGUAAAAUCUGCUUCAAGUCAUUUACUCAAAACAAGAGUUUGAAAGCUCAUGAAAAAACUCAUUCAUAAUGCUUUUACAUCAUACGUUCAAGAAAAUAUGUUAUUAAUGAUUUACUAAUGGUAGUCAUUUCAUGUUUGUAGUAGAAAUGACCCACGACGAGUUUUUGCUUGAUUUAUUCGCCAAAGCAAGUAUAAUAUUGAUGUGUUUUCAGUUUUGUAGAUAUGUUUUUUGAUAAGCCUUAGUGCGAUUUAUUCACAAAAAUGAAAUUGAUAGAAAACUAUUUUUUUUGAGGACAAAAUACUAGUAUUACAGGAUUAGAUAUUCUGGUUCAUGACAUAUAAUGCUUAGUUAUGAUUAUUUGCCUCAUAUACCUUAAAUUAUGUCCGUUAUCUACCGGUUUGAGACCAGUAUUGUAUACGACUUUAUUUGUUUUAAUAUAUUUUUGAAAACUA